AUGUCUUUAAACUAUAUCAAGAACUUUUAUGAGGGCUGCCUGAGGCCGCCGACGGUGAUCGGACAGUUCCACACCCUGUUCUUCGGUUCCGUGCGCAUGUUCUUCCUCGGGGUCCUGGGAUUCGCCGUCUACGGCAAUGAGGCGCUUCACUUCAGCUGUGACCCGGAUCGGAGGGAGCUGAACCUGUACUGUUACAACCAGUUCAGGCCGAUAACCCCUCAGGUGUUCUGGGCGUUGCAGCUUGUGACCGUUCUGGUUCCCGGUGCUGUGUUUCACCUGUACGCCGCCUGCAAGAACAUCGACCAAGAGGAGAUCCUCCAGCGACCCGUCUACACUGUCUUCUACAUCAUCUCUGUCCUGCUCAGGAUCAUCCUGGAGAUCGUGGCCUUCUGGCUCCAGAGCCACCUGUUUGGCUUCCAGGUCCACCCCCUGUUCAUGUGCGACGCCAGUGCCCUGGACAGGAAGUUCAACCUCACCAAGUGCAUGGUCCCCGAGCACUUUGAGAAGACCAUCUUCCUCAGCGCCAUGUACACCUUCACCGUCAUCACAGUGGGGUUGUGUAUCGCUGAGAUCUUUGAGAUACUCUGUAGACGGCUGGGCUACCUGGCCAAUCAAUGA